AUGAAUAAUUUAGAGGAUAAUUUAGCACAUUCCGGCGAAAGAGAAAAAUUCAUUAAAACUACUUAUCGAUCAAAAAGUUGGGUGAUCAAAAGUAUUGAAUUAAUGAUGGAAAAAUUAUUAUUUGAUAUUUCAAUUGGUGAAGCACCAAUUAUUCCUUCAGUUUCAACUUUAAAAAGGAAUGAAGAUAAUAUUGUAUUUGAUUAUGAAAAUGGGAUAAUUAGGAGAAAAAAUGAAAAUAUUAAAGAAAUUAAUUUCUUAAAGAAUACAAAAAAAUUUGCUAUUUUUCUUAGAGUACUAGAUAUUUGUCAUGAAUUAUUAUCUAAAAACAUUAUAGCGACAAAACGGGAUAUUUUUUAUAAAGACGUCAAAUUAUUUGGCAAUCAGAGCACCGUCGAUAUAGUUAUUGAUGAACUAUCCUGUCUUUUUCAAAUCCCAAGAUCUUGUUUGAAUGUGAUAGCAUCUGCUAAAGGGUUGGUUGCCGGUGAUUUAAGAAUAUAUCAAAAUAAUCAGAUUUUAUUAGAUUGUUCAAUAGAUUCAUUAUCCAACGGAACUCUCAUAAAAUCAGCUACUUUUCAAUAUUUAUUAUCAAACAGAAUAUUUCAAAAAUUAGGCGCCUGUAUACUGAUUACUGGUAAAGGAUAUCCCGACAUUGUUACUCGCCAAUUAGUUAAGAUAUUGAGUAAUCUACAAAAAAAAAUUCCAAUAUUGGGAUUUUUCGAUAAUGAUCCGUACGGAAUUGAAAUUCUAAGCGUUUAUAAAUUUGGUUCAUUGGUAAACAAUCUCAAUGGAAUUGAAAUUCUAAGCGUUUAUAAAUUUGGUUCAUUGUCAUUGUCGUUUGAUAAUGAAAAUCUGGCAGCUCCAAAUUUACGUUGGAUCGGUUUACAUUGUAAUGAUAGAGCACGUUUUAACAUUUCCGAGGAUACUUUACUUACAAUCUCACCUGAUGAUAGGAAAAAAGCUUCUGAUUUAUUAGGAAAAAAUUAUUUACCGUAUGAAUGGAGGCAAAUAUCACCAUCAUCACAUUAUCGUUACUAUCAUUAUCAUAUUGAAACACGUGGUUAUAAAAAACCCUCAACCCCUAGAGAAUUCGCAAAAAGUGCAAAGAAACGGAAUUCCGUUUUGUCACUCGGAAGCAUUACUCAUUUACAACAUUUUUAUGCGAAAAGAAAUAUAAUAAUUAAACCAAAAUUACCAAAAAACAUGUAA